AUGGCAGGUCCAGCAGUCCCGAAACCCGGCGUGCUGAUGCUUGGCAUCGUCCACCACGCAAAGGCUGAGUUCGAGAAGCUUUCCGACGUCGCUGAUGUCCAGCAAGUCACCUCUGGUACUCGGGAAGAGUUUAUUCGCGACUGCGACAGCGGCAAGUAUGACAAGGUCGUUGCAAUUUCCAGAACCUACGACUCUGUCCAAAUAACCGGGCGAUUCGACGCCGAGCUCAUUGCCCACCUUCCCUCCUCUGUAAAAUUCAUCUCACACAAUGGCGCUGGCUACGAUCAGAUUGACGUCCAACCCUGCACCGACAAGAAUAUUUCCGUCUCCAACACCCCCAAGGCCGUCGACGCCGCCACCGCAAACACCGCAAUCUUCCUAAUGCUCGGUGCUUUGCGUCGCGCAUGGAUCCCUCAGCAAGCUCUGCGCGAGGGCAAGUGGCGAGGCGCAAGCCCUCUCGGCCGUGAUCCUCACCACCUGACCCUGGGCCUUCUUGGAAUGGGCGGCAUUGGGACUGCCACGGCACAGCGAGCCGCUGCCCUCGGAUUCAGGCUGCAGUAUCACAACAGGAAGCCCGUGGCCGACCUGGAGAUGAAAUUCGCCCCCGGCCAAGUCCCCAACUACGUCGGCUUUGAAGAGCUGCUCAAGACCAGCGACGUCAUCUCGGUGCACUUGCCGCUGGGCCCUGCCACCCAGGGACUCAUUGGAACCAAGGAAUUCAGCCAGAUGAAGGACGGAGUCAUCAUUGUAAACACGGCUAGAGGCGCCAUUAUUGACGAGGAGGCUCUCGCCGACAGCCUGGAAUCUGGCAAGGUCUGGAGUGUCGGCUUGGACGUGUAUGCCAAGGAGCCGGAAAUCAACCCAAAGCUGAUGAAGCACCCCGGUGCCGUUUUGCUACCCCAUAUUGGCACUGCCACGAUUGAUACACAGAAAGAAAUGGAGGUGCUCGUUAUUGACAAUGUGAAGAGCGCCGUGACACAGGGAAAGCUGCUUACGCAAGUGUCUGAGCAGAAGCCCGUUGUGGCCAAGGUAUAA